AUGUUCGUUUUAUCUUCGAGCUCGCUAGCAUUACCAGCUCAGUUUGACCACUCAAGUAAGCAGCAAAUUUGCUGCAUCGCAGGAGGAGUUGAAUUGGUCUCACCACAAAGGUUACCAUACCAAAUAUGCGCCGAAGACUUCUGUAAGACCGUGGAAAAACCGAGUAUCAAUGAUACCAUUCGCUUUCCUCCACAAAUCAUUCUUCAUGAACAUGUGGUCCAAUGGAAGUUUGAAGAGAACGGCUCAGUAAGGACAAUAGAGACAAUACGCUCUCCGGCACCUUUUUGUGAUAACAUCGACUGCACAAUGUGUGCUGCAGUGGUAUUCAAUCCGGAAUGCUGGCCUGUAGGAGCAAUAAUGAUCACCGCAAUCAUCAUCUAUUUCGUCCUAACAGGUUGCUAUGUGUUCCUGUACAUCUUCCGCUCGUAA